AUGGCUGCUGAGGACAUGUGCCCAGCGGGACCACAGCCCACGUUGUCAUUUACGCAAGGGCUCAUCGUCGGACAGAUAUCCGUCGUCCUGCUCAUAGCCGCCUUCAUCAAGUUCUUCAUCUUCGGCGAAGCUCCUUCUCCUGAUGUCACAGCCCAGGCACGAGCGACUGAGCGACGGUCGCGCACUUUGGCCCACAAGCACUCCCUGCUCACUCUGCGAACUGAAAACGAAAACGCACCUCAGCGCACUCUGAACAAGAAGAAGUCGAGCAUAUUACGCAACCCGCCUACUCUGACCAUUGGCUCCAUCUUGAACAAGACUUACUACAACGUGGACAGCCACCAGCCCGAAUCUCUCGACUGGUUCAAUGUCCUGAUUGCGCAGACCAUUGCCCAGUUCCGGAGUGAUGCGCAACACGACGAUGCCAUCCUCACCUCGCUCACCAAGGCCUUGAAUGGCACGAGCAGGCCCGACUUCCUCGACGAGAUUAAGGUCACCGAGCUGACCCUCGGCGAGGACUUCCCCAUCCUGAGCAACUGCCGCAUCAUCCCAGUGGACGAAGAUGGGGAGAGCAUGGAUUCGGGACCCGGUCUCGGGAAGCGAUUCGAUGCCAACAGCUCCAGAGCCACAAGGGAAGGAGCCAGACUGCAGGCACGUAUGGAUGUAGACUUGAGCGACAUGAUCACUCUAGCCUUGGAGACCAAGAUUCUCCUCAACUACCCUAAGCGCCUCACUGCUGUUCUACCGGUGGCACUGGCAGUCAGCGUGGUCCGCUUCAGCGGUACCUUGUGCAUAUCGUUUAUUCCGAGCAAUCCUUCUAAAUCCACCCCUACCAUGAUGGCCUUCAACUUUCUGGAUGACUACAGAUUGGACCUAUCCAUACGGAGCUUGGUCGGCAGCCGGUCGAGGUUGCAGGAUGUCCCCAAGAUCGCCCAGCUUAUCGAACAUCGUCUGCAUAAGUGGUUCGAUGACCGGUGUGUUGAGCCUAGGUUCCAGGAGAUUGCCCUACCAAGCUUGUGGCCACGCAAGAAGAACACGCGAGGCGCUGAUGAUGUGCUUGACAACAACAUGGCCAGCAUCGGCAAGGGCAAGGGCCGCGAAGUUGCACGAGACCUCAGAGAGGAAGCUAGGAAGGAAGUCGAAUCGGGUAUUAGACCAGACUUGGGACCCGAAUCCAGCAGCCUACGAUACAGAAGGAGAAGCCGUCUCAACAGCACAGGACAAUCUAGCAUGCCCGGAAGCCUACCAGGUAUGACAUUAGAUCUACAGCAUUAG